AUGGUAACCGAAAAGAAUGAGCCGGUGUCUGAGAACGAUGUCGAGAAUAAAGGGAAUAGCAAUGAUUUGCCCACUGACCUGAAGUCCGCCGAUCACACUACUACAACUGACCAUGACAUUGAGAUCGCAAAUGGACAUCUAACCGAUCUUGAAGUUGAUAUUGCUGUUGUUCUCACUCAAGCCGAAGAGGAGGGCGAUUGGGAUGCCGACACCAGUCCUUUUCCCGCCGUGAGAGCGGUAGUGCCUGAGACGGAUGACCCAGAUAUGCCUGUGAAUACCUUCCGAGCCUGGUUCUUAGGUAUUGUAUUCGUCUUCUUGGGAGCCGGAGUAAAUCAGUUUUUUUCAUUACGUUAUCCCGGAGUUCAUAUUGUAUCGCUCGUUGCGGAAUUGCUGGCUUUCCCAUUGGGAGUCGCUAUCGCUAAGGCUUUGCCUAUUAGUCGAUUUAAUCCUGAUCGCCACUUCAACAUUAAAGAACAUGCUAUGGUCACUAUUAUGUCAAAUGUCUCGUUCGGAUUCGGCUCCGCAGACUCGACGAACAUCAUUCAAGCUGCCAGAUUUUACGGAUUCGAUAUGCCGACCGGUUUCUCCGUCAUGGUUGUCAUUUGCUGUCAGCUAUGUGGGUAUGGUAUUGCCGGCCUCUGUAGGUCGAUGCUUGUUCAACCUGCUACGAUGAUCUGGCCCGGUGUUCUCAGCAACGUAGCCCUGUUGAGUUCAAUUCAUUCUCGAGCCAAUGCAGUAGCUAACGGAUGGAAAAUAACUCGAAUAAAGUUCUUUAUGGUUGUGGGAACCGCCGCCUUUGUUUGGUAUUGGUUCCCUGGCUUGAUAUUCACUGGCUUGAGUUAUUUCACGUGGAUAUGCUGGAUCGCACCUGACAAUCUUGCCGUGAAUCAGAUUUUUGGCAUGGUAACCGGUGUGGGCCUUUUCCCGCUCACAUUCGACUGGGCUAUGGUCGUGUAUAAUACGAACCCGCUACUUAGUCCCCAUUGGGCAGCUCUCAAUGUUUUCGUAGGGUUUGCCGUCUUCUUCUGGAUUAUCACACCUGCCAUCUUCUUCACGAAUACGUGGUAUACGUCCUAUUUACCACUUUGUUCGGCGGAUGUGUAUGAUCGUUUCGGACAACUCUACGAUACAGCAAAGGUUGUCACCAACAAUUUAUUCGACCAAGAGAAGUAUAAGGCAUAUUCCCCUCCUUACUUACCUGCGACUUUCGCGUUUGUCUACGGUUUAUCUUUCGCAUCCAUUACCAGCGUCUUGACCCAUAUUUAUUUCUUCCAUUGGGAUGAAAUUAGUCAUGCGAUUCGCGGCACUCUAAAACUCGACAUCCACGCCAGGCUUAUGAGAGCUUAUAAGGAUGCCCCCUGGUACUGGUGGUCGGCGAUCGUGCUCAUCACUUUUGGCAUGGCUGUUGCUAUGACCGAGGUUUACCACACAGGAUUGCCCGUGUACGGUGUUGUGAUGGCUUUUGCUAUCGGCGCUAUCUACAUGGUACCAUGCGGAAUGAUUCAAGGAGUGACGAAUGUAAACGCCAAUCAACUUAACGUCUUAAGCGAGUUUAUCGGUGGGUAUCUGUUCCAAGGCCGCCCGAUCGCCAACAUCCUGUUCAAGAUCCUAUCGCAAGAUGUAGUAGGUCAAGGAAUUUACUUCGCCGCUGAUAUGAAAAUGGGCCAUUACUUGAAAAUUGCACCACGCACUCUGUUUUGGGCACAAGGUUUGGCUACCGUGCUUGGCGCAUUGACUCAAGUAGGAGUAACGUUGUGGAUGUUAGGAAACAUACCCGAUAUCUGUUCCUCAGACCAGCCAAACGGUUUCAGCUGCCCUCAGGGACGUACCGUAUACAGUAGCUCGGUUAUAUGGGGUCUCGUCGGUCCCGCACGUCUUUACUCCGCCGGCAAGAUCUAUAGUCCCCUCUUGCAUUUUUUCUGGAUUGGUCUUAUCAUGCCACCAAUCACGUACUUCAUCUGGAAGAGGACGGGAAGCGACUUCGUACGCAAGAUCAACUGGCCGCUCAUCUUCGUCGGCACCUACAACGUCCCCCCUGCUACAGGAAUCAACUAUAGUAGCUGGUACAUCGUCAACCUUAUCUUUAACAAGAUUAUCUAUAAGAAGUUCUAUGCUUGGUGGACCAAGUACAAUUAUAUCCUUGCGGCGGCGUUGGAUAUAGGUCUCGCUAUCAGCGGCAUCGUUAUCUUUUUUGCCGUCACGUACGGGCCUAACAAGCAGUUUCCGGAUUGGUGGGGUAACACGGUUUGGCAGAACACUGCUGAUGGACAAGGCUUACCAUGGCUUACGAUGCCUGAUGUUGGAUAUUUCGGGCCAGCGAAUGGUACAUGGACUUAA